ACCCAUCCAUUCUGUCGUCAUUUGUUGCAUAGCCAGUCUUAGAUUCCAACAAGCUGAAACCUUGAGGUUAGGUCAUAGAAUGACUUUCCCCUUCUAUGAAUAUAUUGACCACAAAAAGCAAAAAGAGGCAAAUAUAUAAAUCAUCCUUUACGUUAUGUCGAGUACCAUGCCAAACACACCUUCAAACAAGGUGCCACUAAACGGCCUCUUUCGAAACGGAGUUUGGUUAUGCAACUGCAUUCCUCGCCUUCCUGCAAUACAAUUUACAGUCAGGAAGGAAUCUCGUAACAAAGGCCGGUCGUUCUACACAUGCCAGAAGGACAAGGGCAAGAAGAAUCAAUGCGAAUUUUUCCUCUGGGCUGAGGAUGCGCAUUUUCGUGAGGUCGGCGCCGUCUUGACCAAUUCGCGCAGUGAGUCGCAAUGGACUCCCGGCCAGAGCGUCAAGAGACAAAGGACCCUGCAUGAGAGCAUCACCCCGAGCAAGAACAAAAGAAAGGGAAAGACCCCCGUCACUAGCAUAGCCGAACUGGACCGCGUGCUCUCUACUGCUUCCUCCGCUACUGCUCAGAGCUCGACUGUAAAGGCUUCUUCCGGUUCGGCGAAGGAGAACUUUGAUAGUUUGGAGGUGCUUUUCACUUCAGACGAGGAAGACAACGACGACGACGACGAAGAGUACAACGGCAAAAGCACCAUGUCAAGUGCCAAGCCCACAACACGGCCAAGCGCAACACAGCAGCAGGAGAACACGCACUCGGUAGCAGGCUCUAAGAGAAAGCGAUCGGACACCGACGAGUACAGCGACCUAUCCUCCGGCGAAGAAGCGGCGCUCGCCUCCCUCGCCGACAGUUCUGCCAAGGCCAAAGGCAAAGCCCCGGACACCAAGCAGCACCACCGCAAUGCCUUCGAUGAGACGCCCACCACGGGAGGCAGGACGCAGCACGUCGUCGAAGACGGCCUCGCCACACCGCUUACCGACAAGCCCGUCCGCCGCGUCCUCUUCGCCGAGCCCGCAGUCACCACCAACAACCACCCGGACGCCAAACGACCCCGCGCCAACAACAACGACUUCGACCAGCCGCAACCAACCUCCCCCAUCCCCUCCACGCUCUCCUUCUCGAAAGCAACCCCAACACCCACCCCCACCUCCUCGCAAGAAUACUCCUCCCCCCUCCCCCUCCCCAACAUCACCCAAGAAGUGAUGUCUCUCCUCCUCGCCGCCGCCCCCCACCCCCGUCUCGACGAAACCCUCCUCCGCACCGUCCGCAGCGCCCUCGAGCGACACGCCGCGCGCGCAAAGGGGCUCGAGCGCGGCCGCGACGCCUCCCGCGACGCGGUUCGCAAGGCGGAGGCGCGUGCUGCCGAGCUCCAGCUAAGAGUCGCGGAUCUGGAGAACCAGCGGCGCCUGGACGCCGAGGCGCGCGCGAGGAUGCGCGCCGAGCUCGCGAAGCUGUACUGUGAUAGCUAGGAGCUUUCGCGGGGUCUGGGCCGCGGGUUUGGGUCGGGAGAUGAGGGUGAUGAGGGAGAUGAGGGAGAUGAGGAAGAUGAGGGGAACUAACCUGGGUUGGUAGGGAGUUACAAGGUCGGUGGUCCGAGGUUGGGACCACAUGCUGCUACGUUGUUGUGUUUGGCUUAGACAGCCAGAGAGCUACCUACCUACCUACCUAUCGUUGAUACGUCUCAUAAACGCUUGACUACUAGGCGCCUACCUACAUAGGUGUCUACAGCAGGUUGGGAAGGUAUGGGAAGGGAGUUGAGCUAGCUAGCUUGGUUGGUUGGUUCGGAUUUUGCAACACAACACAACACAACACAAGGAUACCCCCCUUUUGAUUUUAUUCUAGGCUAGGCACUUUAGGUAUCUAGGUAAUGGGAAUUAGGAAUGGUGGCAUUGCUGUUACAUAUGUAGACAGGCAGGCAGGGACAGUAGGAGUUUACAAACUAGAUACCAUCC